GGUCGCGGCCGGCGGCGGCCCCGCCCCGCCGGUGAAGGUGAGCGUCUCCUCCAGCGCCGCGCGCCGCCCGUACCGAACCGGAGCGGACCGGUACGCAGUGGCUGCGCCGCCAUGGCCGCCUCCAUCUUCGCCGCCGUCCCCCACUCCCCGCCUGUCGCCGUCUUCAAGCUCACGGCGGAUUUCCGGGAGGACAGCGACUCGCGGAAGGUCAACCUCGGCGUGGGCGCCUACCGCACGGACGAGGGGCAGCCAUGGGUCCUGCCGGUGGUGAAGAAGGUGGAGCAGAUGAUCGCCAACGACAACAGCUUGAACCACGAGUAUCUGCCCAUCCUGGGCCUGCCCGAGUUCCGGGCCAACGCAUCCCGCAUCGCCCUGGGGGAUGACAGCCCUGCCAUCAAGGAGAAGCGGGUGGGCAGCGUUCAGUGCCUGGGUGGGACAGGCGCCCUGCGGAUCGGUGCCGACUUCCUGAGGCGCUGGUACAACGGCAACAACAACACAGCCACCCCUGUCUACGUCUCCACUCCAACCUGGGAGAACCACAAUUCUGUGUUUAUGGAAGCCGGCUUCAAAGAUAUUAGAACCUACCACUACUGGGAUGCUGCCAAGAGGGGUCUGGAUCUCCAGGGGCUGCUGAAUGACAUGGAGCAAGCCCCAGAGUUCUCCAUUUUCAUCCUUCAUGCCUGUGCGCACAACCCAACAGGCACAGACCCUACUCCCGAGCAGUGGAAGCAGAUUGCUGCUGUCAUGAAGCGCCGGAGCCUGUUUCCAUUCUUCGACUCAGCGUACCAAGGGUUUGCCUCUGGCAGCCUGGACAAGGAUGCCUGGGCUGUGCGAUACUUUGUCUCCGAGGGCUUUGAGCUCUUCUGUGCACAGUCGUUUUCCAAGAACUUUGGGCUCUACAAUGAGCGGGUGGGGAACCUGACGGUGGUGGGGAAGGAUGCAGACAACGUGCAGCGUGUGCUGUCCCAGAUGGAGAAGAUUGUGCGCACCACUUGGUCCAACCCUCCCUCGCAGGGAGCGCGCAUCGUGGCCACUACACUCGCUUCCCCGCAGCUCUUUGAUGAGUGGAAGGGCAACGUGAAGACAAUGGCAGAUCGGGUCCUGCUGAUGCGCUCAGAGCUCCGCUCUCGGCUGGAGGCCCUCGGGACCCCAGGCACCUGGAACCACAUCACAGAGCAGAUUGGCAUGUUCAGCUUCACUGGCCUGAACCCUAAGCAGGUGGAGUACAUGGUCAAGGAAAAACACAUCUACCUGAUGGCUAGUGGGCGCAUCAACAUGUGUGGUCUGACUACCAAGAACCUGGACUAUGUGGCCAAGUCCAUCCAUGAAGCUGUCACAAAAAUCCAAUGAAGCACAUGAACAACCAAACUUACAUGAAGUCACCAAAGCUAUAGUGUGUAGUCCAUGUCUUUCUCUGCUCAUGGCUUGCCUUUUCCCACACCUCUUGGGGUUUAAUAAAGAUGGGAGCAGUAGCUCAAUCAGGGAUAAUUGUCUUCUGACAUUUUUUAAGUGGUCCUUGCAAUAUGGUAAGCCAGCGCCCCCAGGAGGUGGGGGCAGCAUGAGCCACUUUGGAUCUUGUUUCACAACAGCAGCCUGGUCUCCAGGCCCUCAGAGCUGCAUCUUUAUCACGUCCAAAUCAACUCCACAUAACUGAUCAUUUUGAUCAUGGCAAAGUCCGGUGCCAGUGCAAUGCACUGUGUGAUAACAGCACAGAGGUUGGGAUCUCACAGGCUUAUGAACUAAUAUCACUCAGUAGUAUUUUGGGGAGGGGUAAAGCUGUUGCUAGCUUCUCUCCAGCCGUCCCACCCCUUCCUAAUUUCUGAGCCUUAUACGAGCAAAUAUUUGUAAUUGUGAUAAUUGCUUCUUUGUGUUGCUGACAUGAAAUUAAACCUUUGUCUCUGAAUGCUA